CCACUGGGUGACUGGAAAACAGUUGCCUAUCACCGAAUGAGCUCCAAACCAGAUCUUAUGGCGUCUGUAGUUCGUUAUGUAUGGUUCCUAUUUCUGAUCCCUAAUUUUUGGCUCUGAUCGAGGAAAAUCUUAUUUAUGCCGCCGGGUAUUUUUUAUCUCCUUUUUCCCAGGCCGACUGCCCUUCCCUUAGGGUUAAAAUCAAAAGCAUAGAAUUGACUACGGAAGCCCUUAAGAGCUGGUGAAUAUUUGGGGGUGAGUGCUCAGCCUUAAUAGGAAAAAUUUUUGUGUCCUCGGAAAAAAAAAGAUUUCCUUGACUUGCAAGAACCUCCAUCAUCUCGCAUACGAAUGAACACUAGCUGCUGCAAGACAAUCAACUUGCCAUCCCACAGUCUGUGUCACAAUCCUAUCUUCAUUCACUCUUUCCUAAGAUGGCAAGAGAUUGGAACAAGCUGCCAAAACACAUGACUUCUAUGGAGAAGUUAUCUAGCGUCAAAACAGCACAAAACAAUCUACAGCUGGAAUGAACAACUCCCCAGUUCCGUUCUGAGUGAUGCUCAUUUAGAGCCCAGAUCCAGAUCCAUAAGCUGACCGACACGUCAGGACCAGUAAUCUGGCUACUUCCCCCAAAACUGCUCUGUGUGUGUAUAUUAGGCCCUACUUUGCUUAUCUCGUGCGACGUGUAUGACUUUCUGAUGGUUGAGUUACAUGACGUUUUGCUUACAUCAUCUAGAAAAAAUGUUAACAUCGUCUGGUAAAUAUCAAACAAUCGUAUGUGAUAACUCUUUACAAAACAGUAUCGUCGGCAAACUGGAGAAGCGGAGAUUUAUAUUUGACAGUUUCGCAGUUAAACAAAACAGGUCUUAGGCCAGAACAGGGCCCUGUAGGACACCCAUAUGGCAACAGGAGCCCAGCGCCUGAAAACGGAACAUCCAUGUUUUUACGGUAAAAGAGUGAAAAGAACGCAUCUAGCAAAGGAUGGCGCCACGUGCACAAUGCCACAUUCAUGCAACCGUUCUAUAAAAGAAUCGGUUGGUCAGUCGGUCAAUUUGGCUUUUGACUAAUCAAAACAGAUAGCAUUUGCUUGGGGUGGACUUGGAGAAGGCACUCGCCCUAAUGUGGAAAGAGAAGUCAGCUGUAAUACACAUGAUCGUUCGGGUUGAAAGCCAUACUGUGUUUUCGGAAAUCAAGUAGUUUAUAGAUAUAAAGUGCUCCAGGAUUUUGCAUGGAACAGAACAGAGUGAAAUAGAUCUGUGAAUAGAAACGAGACACCUGUUGCUAUUCUUAUGAAGUCGGGUACUAUUGGCCAGUUUCCUGACGAUAAACUGUCUGUUAUCAGACUGUGAUCAAUCUGUGCAAACUUUCAAAAGUUUCAGGGUGGCCGCGCAAAAACGGUGCGAAGAGAAAACAAAAAUGUUUGCAUUAAGACCGUUGUUUUUCCAUCGCUAUUUUCUCUGAAGUUGCUGUCCCUGCAACGUACUGACGUUCUUGUACUUUCAAUUCAACGAUCAAGUCUCCUCAAGGCGCCGGUCUCUGGCUAAACAAGAGUGUUGAUAUAGCUCCUGCACUUUCCUUACAGGAUGAAGCCUUAUAAGCACCUCUACACCCGACAAUGCCCUGCUAAGGUGUUCAAGGCAGUGAAACUGAAGACUCUGUGGGAGCAAAAUGGAGGUAACUACAGUUGAAACUGUCGACGUUUUCGACUCUCCUGACAAUGCAGCUUCUUUCUACGUGUACAUCGUACUGAGUGCACUGGGGCUGAUUGGUAACGCUUUCGUCUGUCUGGUGAUGCUGCGAUACCGUAAUGUUUUCAAUUCCACGACCAACAGGCUCAUUUUUCAUCAAUCCGCUGUCGAUUUCCUUGGGUCGUGUAUGUUUAUUCUACAGAAAUCGCUAAAGACAUCACCGCCGGAUAAUGCGAUUGGUACGCUGUACUGCACGAUGUGGUGGUCCGAGUGGUACCAGUGGGCUUGCUUUGUCGCAUCCACUUACAACCUACUUGCGAUAUCUAUGGAGCGAUACCUUGCAACCUGUCAUCCCAUCCGCCACCGCAACAUGUUGACGCGCCGUCGGCUCAAUCUCAUCAUGGCCACUGCCUGGAUUUGCGGUGUGGCGCUUGAGUUCCAUCUUGUCCUCAACGUCUUUCAAAGAGACGGCGCAUGUCAUGACUUGUGGCCAAGCCCCGUGGUCCAAGCCGUUACAGGUGUGGUGAUCUUUCUUUUCGAAAUUUUCCUUCCACUGGUCGCCAUCAUCUUUGCUUACACUAAAAUCAUCCUAGAGCUCCGUCGUCGCUCUAAAGUCAGAAUCAAUAACAGCAGCAGUAAUAACAAUCCUUCAAACAUCUUCUCCAAAGCCAACAAGAACAUCACCAAGACGCUGAUCGUUGUUGCUAUCUUCUUUACCUGCUGUUGGACACCGGGUGGCUUUACCUACCUGUUUUACAAUUUUGGUUGGCACGGUUAUUCAUUUGGCAGUUUUUUGGAUCAGGUGACGGGUGCUGCAGUGGUUGCCAACCUUUGUGUCAACCCAAUCAUCUACUGCUUCACCUAUGAUCGUUUCCGGACACAAGCCAGGAAGAUGUUUCGUGAUGAGUGUCGACGCUGCAACAAUCAGGUGGACAACUCGAAUGACUCCCGCACAGCACGCACUGGAAUGGUGCAGACAAUAGCCUAA